AAGAAGAAUCGUAGUAGUAGUAGUAGUAGUAGUAGAAGAAGAACUACGGUCCAGAGGUCUCAGCAGCAACAGUCGGUGUGACCACAACCUGGAACGAUCAGUAAUCUAGUCUAUGUUCUGCACGGACAUUGCCUCUGUGGGUCAAAGGUCGUCUCCUUCAGUGUCAUGGCUCUGAUCUCUCUGGAAGACCUUGAUGGAUUGGACGAUGAGCAAGUGGAUGAUGACAUCACUGACAACCCCGAGCCAAUGGAUGAAGAUGACCGCCUGCUGAGUCACUGGCAGGCUAUCGCCAGUACCCACCAGGUGUCAAUACCUCCAGAAAUGACUGGACCCAUACAUGAAAUGACCCACAACAGCCAGCAGAGGGAGCCCCUCACCUUUUCCCCCAUCUCUUGCCAUGAAAAGAUGGGUGAGCUGCUGUACGAGGAGCGGGAGUAUCCGGCUGGACACUGGGCAUCUGUGACCAGAGGAGAAGACCUGUAUGAACAGAGCAUCUCCAUGGGCUUCAUGAAACUGAUGCGCUUCAUCUGUAAAGAGAACUCUGCAGGCAGAUACCUGGGGAUGACGGUGCCUGUGGUGAAUAACAUUCACAUGAUGGAGGAUGGGAACACUUUUGAGAAAGAUGUCGAGACUUCGUUCUUCCUGCCCACCAGGUUCCAGACCAACCCCCCCCAACCCUUUGACCCCGACAUCACCAUUGUCCACAGAGAGCCAAUCAGAGUGGUUGCCAGCUUACAGACAAAGACUGAAACAAACAAACCCU